AUGGUGAAGAGUAAGGACAGAAGCAGCAAAAGAGAAAAUGAAGAAAAGAAUAACAAUGGAAUCUGGAAUGCAAAGACAGGCCUCCCCGCCGGUGACCCCUGCUGCCCGAGUCGACGCCCAUCGACGCGCCUCUGCACCUGCGACCUGCUGCUGCCCAGCCCGACGCCGGAGCUCCGAAGCCUGCCGCUACUGCUCGUUCCCAUCGCGCCAGCCAUCAUCGUGCCGAAGCCGCUCCCCGCGCCGGUCACAUCGUCCCACCAGCCGCCGGAGAUCCUCUCACCCACGAGCUCGCUGCCGACACCGACGCCCGCGCCACCUCCGCUCCGUUCGAACACCGCUGCCGAGCCGAGAUCCAGGCGCCGGAGCUCCUCGCCGCAGCCGCCCGAGUCCUCCGCCCGUGACCUGCAGUGCCCGACGGCCCCUCCGUCUCUACCGCUGCCGACGACCAGCCGACUCCGCCCGUUGUCCGAGCACCGGCCCCCUCCGAGCGACCGCACCACAGCAACCCUAGCUGCUCCCACGACGCCUGACCCGCGACGGACGACCCGCCUGCAACCUGCGAGAUCUCGCACCGUCGCUCCACACCUCUGCUCCGCUCACGAAGCCGCCGUUGCUGCCGAGCCGCUCCACCAGCCCGACGCGCCGACGCCCUCGCUCGCCUGCUGCGCCCUGCCGUCGUCGUCCGCGAGCUCCACCCGACGCUGCUCGCCACGGCGCCGGAAUCCCCCUCACCGGCGACUGCACUAG